GUCUGGAGGGCAGGAUGAUAGAGCGCGCAGGAAAGAGAGAGAGCGAGAGUGAGAGAGGGAGAUACGCAUUGACUGAGAAACAUAGAUUUUCAUCCAACCUAUCUGUUUUUUCUAAUCCUCGACUGCACUGCUUAACGUUGAUUGUCUAGCAGGACAAUAUUUUGUUUUAACCGAUUACGCCGUUUCUUUUGACGAAUAUUGGUCCUCAUUGCUGUAAUUUAAGUGUAUUUGUGGCGAACUUCUCAUAUUUCCCAUUUAUACUUAAACUGCAUCAUGAACAGUUUGUGGGCACCUCUCGAUCUCAUACCUUUGGAAUGGUGGGGAUUACACAGCCGACAAACCGGGAGCAUGUAAACGCGGAUGGAGUUCGGGAUUUAUUGCAAAAUAAGGGAAAGAUGACUGUCUUCUCUUUGUGUCUCCUAUUGUGCGCAGAUCUACUGGAUUUAGCUGUUGGAUAUUUGACAGUAACCAUUGAGCCCCUUCCUCCUGUUGUUGUGGGAGAGACUGUCACCCUGAAGUGCAACUUCAAGACUGAUGGAAGACUUCGAGAGAUUGUGUGGUAUAGGGUCACAGACGGGGGCACCAUUAAGCAGAAAAUCUUCACCUACGAUGCUAUGUUUAAUACCAAUUACUCUCAUAUGGAGGACUACCGCAAACGGGAAGACCUUGUCUACCAAUCUACAGUCCGGCUCCCGGAGGUACGGAUCUCGGACAAUGGACCGUAUGAAUGCCACGUGGGCAUCUACGACCGAGCGACGAGAGAAAAGGUGGUCUUGGCAUCGGGAAACGUCUUUCUCACCGUUAUGUCACCUCCUAACAACAUCUCAGUUUCGGCAGAGAACUGUCCAGCUCCAUUCAGCCGGUACCAGGCCCAGAACUUCACUCUGCUGUGCACUGCAAAGGGAGGCAAACCUGCACCUUCGGUGUACUUUAAGCGGGAUGGAGAGUUGAUAGAGGUGAUAUCCUACAUCCACCCCUCAGCCGAGGACGGCGGUGGCUCAGCAGGGGUGCGGGGUGCCAGGCCACUCAUCAGCAGAGACAUGGACGACACCAAGCUGCAGAGGUCCCUCUCCCUGUUGGACCCCGAGGGCCGGCCAGCCCGCAUGUUCACCGAGAGCCCUGAGCGUCGUUGGACCCCGGGCCAGCACACCCAGGGUCGGCAGCAGAAGGAGCAGCCCAGCCCUGCCACGGAGAUCAUUCCAGAGACAGUUGUGAGCCGGGAGUUCCCUCGCUGGGUCCAGAGCACUGACCCACUCUACUACUUCAGCCACACCCACAUCUCCCAGAGUGAUGGCUCUGUGCUGGUGCAGGCCAGACUCACCUGGACCCUUAACCCCCAGCUGGACAAUGACGCCAUGUUCAGCUGUGAGGUCAAGCACCCAGCACUGUCCAUGCCCAUGCAGACAGAGGUCACACUGGCGGCUCCUAAGGGCCCCAAGCUUUUCAUGACCCCCACCAGGGCAAAGGUAGGGGAUACGGUGCGCAUCACCGUGCAAGGAUUCCAGGUAGGCGCUGGGGUUCCUGGGAAUGAGGUGUUCCCUGAGCCCCUCUUCACCUGGACCCGGGUCGGGGGCCGUCUGCUUGACGGGAGUGCCGAGCGGGAUGGGAAGGAGCUGAUUCUGGAGCGAGUGCCAGCCGAACUCAACGGCUCCAUGUACCGCUGCACGGCCCAGAAUCCUCUGGGCUCCACGGACACGCACACUCGCCUCAUCGUCUUUGAAAAUCCUGCCAUGAUGAAAAACACUCAGAAUCCGAACAAUGGAGCCCCUCGCAUGGAUGUAGUCGGACUAAUAUGGAUGGUGCUGUCCCUGGCCCUCACAGUGACUGUGGAACUGACGUGAACCCUCCCAGCCAACACACACUCUGUACACACACACACAACACACAGUAGACCCACAGAGACACACACACACAAACAAUCCCAAGCCUUUCCA